GCUGCGCUGACGGAAGGCCGUUUGUGACACUGACGAGUGUAGGAGGCCCGGCGGCGGGGAUGCGCGUGCCUCGGGCGGAGUGAGCGGCCCGCGGGGCGGCGAUGGCGACGGCGGGGGGUUCGGGCGGGCCCCCGGAGGCGGCCCCCGCGGCGCUGCAGCGGGAGCCCGUGUAUAACUGGCAGGCCACCAAGGGCUCCCUGCAGGAGCGCUUCGCCUUCCUCUUCACCAACGAGCUGCUCAGCGACGUGCGCUUCGUGGUGGGCAAGGGCGGCCCGCGGCAGCCCGGCGGCGGGGGGCCCCCCGGGCCCGGCCAGCAGCGCAUCCCCGCCCACCGCUUCUUGCUGGCCGCCGGCAGCGCCGUCUUCGACGCCAUGUUCAACGGUGGCAUGGCCACCACCUCGGCCGAGAUCGAGCUGCCCGACGUAGAGCCCGCCGCCUUCCUGGCGCUGCUCAGGUUUCUUUAUUCAGAUGAAGUUCAGAUUGGUCCUGAAACAGUUAUGACUACUCUCUACACUGCCAAGAAGUAUGCAGUCCCAGCCUUGGAAGCACAUUGUGUGGAAUUUCUCACUAAACACCUUAGAGCAGAUAAUGCCUUUAUGCUUCUUACCCAGGCUCGAUUAUUUGAUGAACCUCAGCUUGCUAGUCUUUGUCUUGACACUAUAGACAAAAGUACAAUGGAUGCAAUAAGUGCAGAAGGUUUUACUGAUAUUGACAUAGACACACUGUGUGCAGUACUAGAAAGAGACACACUUAGUAUUCGAGAAAGUAGACUCUUUGGAGCUGUUGUUCGCUGGGCAGAAGCAGAGUGUCAAAGACAGCAGCUGCCUGUGACGUCAGGAAACAAACAGAAAGUGCUUGGAAAAGCUCUAUCUCUAAUCCGUUUUCCACUAAUGACUAUUGAAGAGUUUGCAGCAGGUCCUGCUCAGUCUGGAAUUUUGUCAGAUCGGGAAGUGGUAAAUCUCUUUUUGCAUUUUACGGUCAAUCCUAAACCUAGAGUUGAUUAUAUUGACCGACCGAGAUGCUGCCUCCGAGGAAAAGAAUGCAGCAUAAACAGGUUCCAGCAAGUGGAGAGCCGUUGGGGGUACAGCGGAACAAGUGACCGAAUCAGGUUCACAGUUAAUAGAAGAAUUUCCAUAGUGGGAUUUGGAUUGUAUGGAUCUAUUCAUGGACCCACAGAUUAUCAAGUCAAUAUACAGAUAAUUGAAUAUGAAAAAAAUCAAACACUGGGACAAAAUGAUACUGGAUUUAGUUGUGAUGGAACUGCUAAUACAUUCAGAGUUAUGUUCAAAGAACCUAUAGAAAUUUUGCCAACGGUCUCCUACACAGCUUGUGCAACACUCAAAGGUCCUGAUUCCCAUUAUGGUACGAAAGGAUUGAAGAAAGUAAUCCAUGAAUCUCCCACUGCUAGCAAAACCUGCUUUUCCUUCUCUAGUUCACCCGGUAACAACAAUGGUACAUCGAUAGAAGAUGGACAAAUACCAGAAAUAAUAUUUUAUACAUAAUUACACAGAAUAGUUCAUCUCAGAUAAUACAAGUAGCAAUGUAUAGACUGACAUUGGCAUAAAGUACUUGCUAUUGGUGACCAUGAUUAAAUUCUAUGAAAUUACAUAAAUAUAUAAUCUCUUCAUAUGUACUAUGAAACUAGAACAUUUCUUAUAGGAGGUACCAGAAAAAUCUAUUUUUCUCGCCAUGAUUAUUGGCAGGAUAUCAAUAAGUUAACAGAUGUAGUUCCUUUUUACCUUCACAAAACAUUGAAAGUAAGAAGUACUCUAUAUUGUAAAGGUAUUUUAAACAUUAUCUUGUGUUUUGUUGGUUUAUUUACUUCCUGACUCCUUACAUUGUCUUCAGCAUUUGGUGAAAUUCUUCUUUGAUCUCCUUGUUUGUUAUGGAAUUUUGGUAUAUUAUUUUUCUUCUUUAAAAAUGCAAUAGCUAUAUUACUUUGUCCCAGACUUGCAUUUCCCUCUAAAAUACUCUUGCAAUGACCAUUAUGGACUCAAGUGACAACUUUUUUUUUUUUUU